AUGAUGGCAUCCGCAGUACUGGGUCCGGCCUCUAUAACGGCGCCCCCACCUGAAGAUAAUCACCGACCAACGUUGCAAGAAAGCAUGGAUGCCAGGAUGGACAUUGACCCACGGGUUGUGCCGACAGCGGCCUUUCUUCCAGACACUGGAGCAGCUGAAGAAAUCCACCCACAUUCGUAUACUGAAACACACGUUCGUAAACAGCGUUCCCCGCGGAAACACGAGAAACGGCGACGUGCUCCGUCGGACGAGUGUUUGCAGCGAUCGUCUGACAUGGACUGUGGACACUCCGACGACGGUACCGGCAGUACAGAGGCCGCAGUAACAUCCCACCCAACAGAUCGCCGUGGUGACGGCUUCAGUCCGUCAGAUACCACAGAACAGCAGGAUCACAAGCAGACAGCCGCUGCCGAUUCCAAGCCAGCACGUUCGUUAGCCAUUGCGGGCACUGAGACAGCAGCAACCACACUGGCGGACGCACUCGUCCUGCUGGGUCUGCACCCCGAGUGGCAGGAGGCUGUGCGGAAGGAGGUGGACGAUGUCUUCAGGCGGGGAGGUGCCUAUCUGAGGACGAGCACCGAGAACGAUCUUUCCAAGUUCAGAAUAAUGGAUGCCGUUCUUAAGGAGACGCUGCGUCUGUAUCCUGCAAUACCAAAUCCGCCGGUGAGCACCGAGGAAGACAUCCAGCUGGAAGGAACUGGGUACGUGAUACCACGUGACAGCCUCGUGCUCGUGUCCCUCAUCCUGCUCCACCGCCGGCCGGACAACUUCCCCGAUCCUGACAAGUUCGAUCCGGGCCGCUUCCUCGAAGGGGGCAGCGCUCGCUCGCUACCACCCGGCAGCUACCUGCCGUUCGGCGACGGCUCCCGCAAGUGCGUUGGCGGCCGCUAUGCCUUCCUGGAAAUGAAGACAGUGCUCGCGGCCGUCCUCCGUCGGUUCCGGGUAUUUCCCGGUUCCAGCAGGGAGGAGCUGGAACAGGUGGAGCUCUCCGUAAGUGGGUCGCCAGUCACUGGGUUCCGUAUCAUCUGCAUCCCCCGGAGCGACCAACCAGCGAAUUCUGUUCCACACGCUGUAAAUACAUGA